AUGACCUGUGAAUCAACGGUAGGGGAUGAAAACUGCAGUUGCUCCUUCGAAAACCCUCUGCUGACAGAAAGUGGAUGGUACAAAAUGUGCAAGACCAAGAUACCCCUCAAGCUAGGGAAAAAGAAGGUUAGAAAACGACAACUCUCUGCGGUCUGCCGAGAAGCUUGUGAGCAUGGUGGAUACUGCACUGCUGAAGAUUUCUGUACCUGUCCGAACGAGUACCGAGGAAGUACUUGCCAAUAUCCCAUUACUCUGUGCAGUAUUUCUAAAAACCUCCAAGCCAGCAGUUGGCAUUGCAAUCACACCCGAUCGGAGACAUUGUGCGACGUCAGCUGCUACCCCCCGGACACCCCAGAAGCCGAAGUCCUGGCCGAGAGAUACGUGUGCAAAGUGGAGGGAGAAUGGACCCCUCUCUUACCCCCCUGCGUGCAAGUUCUGCAAUGUACAAAACCUCAGUCAAUCCAAAAUGGCGGAUGGCGGCUCUUGAUAGGGAAGACCAUGAGCGUCGGAUCACGUGUCGGUUACUUUUGCGCAGAUGGAUUCCAAUUACUUGGUUCAGAUUUUGCUACUUGCCUACCCAAUGCUACAUGGUCACAUCAACCUCCUCGCUGCGAAAGAAGACAAGAUAUCUCCUGCACUGAUCCAGGUGACAUCCCAUUCGGUCGGCGUGGAAACAACCAGCAGACUUUUCUCGCUGGUUCAUCUGUGUCCUACACCUGCACAGAAAGGUUUUCCUUAGUGGGCAAUCCGGUCAUCACCUGCCAACAGGAUGGACGCUGGUCAUCUGCGAAGCCCCAGUGCGUUUCUGAUUCAGGCUUCACCUUCACAGCACUGUGUCCGAAGCCCAAUGUACCAAAAAAUGCCCUCGUCUUCGUCAGUUACCCUAGCCAACAUCCUCUGAGAACAUUCUUCAGUACCGACAUAUCUUUGACGGAGAAGUUGUACCUGCUCCAUUCCGCUCGCCAGUACCAAGAGAGCAACGAAACCUUCCCAGUGGGUACUCGCGUCCAGUACCGCUGCAAAUCUCGAUUCUACAAACUGUACGGUUCCGAGUACCAGACUUGUCUCUCUUCUCGUACCUGGAGUGGAUACCAGCCAGCCUGUAUACCAGAUUGUGGCCGGUCAGAUGCUCCGCGCACCCCAUUCAUCGUGAACGGCAACGCCAGUCAAAUGGGGCACUGGCCCUGGCAAGUGGGCCUAACCCUGAAGGGCCCCACGGGGCCCCAGCUCAUCUGCGGGGCGGUUUUGAUCAGCGAGCUGUGGGCCCUGACGGCAGCACACUGCGUCACCAGGAAGUUCUCGAACGUCGCCAUGGAGCCGAGAGAGUUGCUUCUGUUCUGUGGGAAGUUUUACCGGAGUUUCGCGAAGGACGAUGAAUACGUCCAAGUAAGACAGGUGAAGCAGAUCGUCAUAAACGAAGAAUACGACUUCAUCCACUUCGACGGCGACAUCGCCCUGUUGCAGUUGGAGACGCCAGUGGAACUGACGACCAGGAUACAGCCCGUCUGCCUACCGACCGAAGAGACGACCAGGGAGAACAUCCGCGAUGGGAAGAAAGGCAUUGUUCUUGGCUGGGGUCUGACAGAAAACGGAACCUUCUCGGAGUCCCUGCGAGAAACCACCUUGCCGAUCGUCGGCCACGACAGGUGCGAGGAAGCCUACAGGGAGGGUCUCCGCAGCAUCACCAUCACACGCAACAUGUUCUGUGCCGGACACGAGACCGGACUUUCGGACACGUGCAACGGGGACAGCGGGGGCCCCUUCGUCUUUUCGGUGGGCCCCGCCAACGACCACCGGUGGUACCUGGAGGGAUUGGUCAGCUGGGGCAGCGAGUCUGGAUGCGGAAAGGCCAAGCAUUACUCUGGUUUCACGAAGGUUGGCAGAUACGUGCCCUGGAUUAACAUGUUCAUAUAAACUCCCUGCCAAACGGAACGACCUUGAGGGUCACGGAUCUGGACGAAAUUCCGGAUUUAGGUCA